UGUAGGAGCAGAGGCAGCGCCAUAUAAAAGGCGAAAGUUAAGAGAGAGAGAGAGAGAGAGAGAGAGAGAAUCUCGAAACCCUAGAAAUUGAAGGGUUCUGACCUCGGAAUCUUGUCGAAGCUCAACGUUGAAUCGUUUUUUUUCCUUGAUCGGAGGCCAGAUUGAUAUUUUUGUUGAGGUUUUGGAAAGGGGAGCUUCUUGUUGAGUUCAGAUCCGGUAGCAGAUCGUUGAAAGGAGCUCAUUUGAUAGGGUUUUCAUCAUUUUCUUGGGGUUUUUGGUUGGUUUUGGGAGUUUGAGGGUUUGGUUUGGUCGUGAGCUUUGAUCUGGGGAGAGAGGAGGAGGAGCUGUACUUUUUUUAUGAAUUUUCUGAUUUUUUUUGUAUUUUAAUAUUUGAGGUUUAUUUGAAGUUUGGUAGUUGGGUGGGGUUUCGUUUGGAAUUGCGAGAAAGGAAGCGGCUUUCGUCGUGAAUAAAUAAAAAGGGGGAAAUUAAAAACCAGAUUUUGCGCUGGAGCGUUUAGGAGUUGCGGGAACUAUGUCCUCUUUGAGUAGGGAACUCGUUUUCCUCAUUCUCCAGUUCUUGGAUGAGGAGAAAUUUAAAGAGGCUGUUCACAGGUUGGAGCAGGAGUCAGGGUUUUACUUCAAUAUGAAGCAUUUCGAGGAGCAAGUUCAAGCAGGAGAAUGGGAUGAAGUCGAGAAGUAUCUUGGCGGAUUUACAAAGGUCGAGGACAAUAGGUACUCGAUGAAAAUCUUCUUCGAGAUCAGGAAGCAGAAGUACCUUGAAGCUCUAGAUAGUCAUGACAGAGCUAAAGCUGUGGAAAUACUUGUUAAGGAUCUUAAGGUCUUUGCUUCAUUCAAUGAAGAGCUCUUCAAGGAGAUUACCCAUUUGCUCACCCUUGACAAUUUCAGGCAGAAUGAGCAACUAUCUAAAUACGGAGAUACAAAGUCAGCUCGAAAUAUAAUGCUAUUGGAGCUUAAGAAGCUUAUUGAGGCUAACCCUUUGUUUCGUGACAAGCUUACACUCCCAGCCUUUAAAGCUUCUAGACUGCGAACAUUGAUUAACCAAAGUCUUAAUUGGCAGCAUCAACUUUGCAAGAACCCUCGCCCCAACCCUGACAUCAAGACACUUUUUAUGGAUCACACAUGUGCUCCUACUAAUGGAACAAGGCCUCCACCGACCAAUGGUCCGCUUGUAGGAUCCAUUCCUAAGCCUGGGCCUUUUCCUCCUCUAGGUGUUCAUAGUAUGCAACCUUUCCAGUCUGUAAUUGCUCCAUCUGCAAGUGCAAUUGCAGGAUGGAUGACGGGUGGUAAUCCAUCGAUGCCACAUGCUGCUGUAGCCCAAGGGCCUCCAGGUCUUGUACAGCCUCCUAAUGCAACUGCAUUUUUGAAGCAACCUAGAGCUCCUGCGAAUGCUGCUGGUAUGGAUUAUCAUACAGCUGAUUCUGAACACUUGAUGAAGAGAAUGCGAACUGGCCAAUCUGAUGAGGUGUCAUUCUCUGGCGCCUCACAUCCACCCAAUAUUUGUUCCCAAGAUGAUCUUCCCAAAUCUGUAGCGCGAACACUUAGUCAGGGUUCUAAUGUCAUGAGCUUGGAUUUCCAUCCACAUCAUCAAACAUUACUUUUAGUUGGAACAAAUGUUGGAGAUAUUGGAAUAUGGGAAGUUGGAUCUCGGGAGAGGAUAGCGCACAAGAGUUUUAAGGUCUGGGAUGUACAAAACUGUUCUGUGCCCCUACAGGCAGCAUUGAUGAAAGAUGCUACUGUAUCUGUCAAUCGUUGCGUAUGGAGCCCGGAUGGAUCUGUCAUUGGGGUUGCUUUCUCAAAGCAUCUAGUUCACACAUAUGCUUAUAUUCCAAAUGGAGAGCUGAGGCAACAGUUAGAAAUUGAUGCUCAUAUAGGUGGUGUCAAUGACAUUGCAUUUUCUCAUCCGAAUAAAAGCUUGUCAAUCAUUACCUGUGGUGAUGAUAAGACAAUUAAGGUAUGGGAUGCUAUCACAGGACAGAAACAUCAUGUGUUCGAAGGUCAUGAAGCUCCUGUAUAUUCUGUUUGUCCUCACCAGAAGGAGGCAAUACAGUUUAUAUUCUCAACUGCUGUUGAUGGAAAGAUCAAAGCAUGGCUAUAUGAUAAUUCUGGAUCUAGGGUAGAUUAUGAUGCUCCUGGACUCUGGGUAGAUUAUGAUGCUCCUGGACUCUGGUGCACCACAAUGGCAUAUACUGCUGAUGGCUCAAGGCUAUUUUCAUGUGGAACUAGUAAAGAUGGUGAUUCCCAUUUGGUUGAGUGGAAUGAAACAGAAGGCGCUAUUAAAAGGACAUACUCUGGAUUCAGGAAACGCUCACUAGGCGUUGUACAAUUUGACACAACCAGGAAUCAUUUCUUAGCUGCUGGAGAUGAAUUUAUGAUUAAGUUCUGGGACAUGGAUAAUACCAAUUUAUUGACUACAACAGAUGCUGAGGGGGGAUUGACAGCAAGUCCUCGACUAAGAUUUAACAAAGAGGGAUCUUUGCUUGCUGUUACAACUAAUGAUAAUGGAAUUAAGAUCUUAGCAAACAUUGAUGGACAGUGCUUGCUCAGGAUGCUGGAGAGCAGAACUUUUGAAGGCUCUCGAGGCCCUCAGCAAAGUAAUUCCAAGGCUCCAAUUGUUAAUGUACUGGGCUCCAUUUCAAAUGUUUCUAGCCCUAUUGUGUCCGCUCUGGAGCGCCCUGAUAGAGUUCCACCUGGAGUGCCUAUGAGCAGUCUGGCCACUAUGGACAAUAACAGGGUAAUAGACAUUAAGCCACGAAUUGCAGACGAUUCUGACAAGCCAAAGAGCUGGAAAUUGGCGGAUAUAGUGGACUCUGCUCACCUUAAAGCCUUGCGGUUGCCAGACACCAUGGCAACACCAAGCAAGGUCGUUCGAUUGCUAUAUACGAACUCUGGGUUGGCUGUCUUAGGUCUUGGCUCAAAUGCUACCCAUAAACUGUGGAAGUGGCAGCGUAAUGAAAGAAAUUUGCUGGGCAAGUCCACUGCUUCUGUUGUACCUCAUUUGUGGCAGCCAACAAAUGGUAUUCUCAUGACCAAUGACACAAAUGACAGCAACCCUGAAGAGUCAAGUGCAUGUAUUGCUUUGUCGAAGAAUGAUUCUUACGUCAUGUCUGCUUCUGGUGGAAAAGUUUCAUUGUUCAACAUGAUGACAUUCAAGGUUAUGACGACUUUUAUGCCACCCCCUCCAGCAGCAACCUUCUUGGCAUUUCACCCUCAGGAUAAUAAUAUUAUUGCCAUAGGGAUGGAGGAUUCCUCUAUUCAAAUAUAUAAUGUCAGAAUCGAUGAGGUUAAAACCAAGCUCAAAGGCCACCAUGAGAAAAUCACCGGCCUUGCAUUCUCCCAAACACUGAAUGUUCUUGUGUCCUCCGGAGCUGAUGCUCAGUUAUGUGUUUGGAGCAUUGAUGGAUGGGAGAAGAGGAAGUCUAAAUUUAUUCAGGCACCUGCUGGCCGUGCAAACCCACUGGUUGGGGACACAAGAGUUCAGUUUCACAAUGAUCAGACACACAUUUUGGUUUCCCACGAAAGCCAGAUUUCGAUUUACGACAGCAAGCUAGAUUGCUUAAGGACGUGGUCUCCUAGAGAUUCUCUCUCUGCUCCAAUUUCAAGCGCAGUAUACUCAUGCAAUGGGAUGCUGGUGUAUGCUGGAUUUUGUGAUGGUGCAGUUGGAGUUUUUGAUGCCGAUAGCCUAAGACUUCGUUGCCGGAUUGCACCUUCUGCCUAUAUUUCGCCUUCUGCUUCCAGCAAUGGAUCGGUCUAUCCUAUGGUGAUCGCGUCUCACCCGUCAGAGCCGAACCAGAUAGCAGUGGGGAUGAGCGACGGAACAGUGUACGUAGUGGAGCCAUCGGAUGCAGAUCUGAAAUGGGGAAACCCGUCUCCACAAGAGAAUGGAGGAGGAGCCCUCCCCUCCAUUUCCUCCAAUCCUUCGCUUAGCAGUCAAGCAUCAGAACCGCCCGCAGCAAGGUGACAGAAAUUGCUGCCUGUUAUAGGAACUAUAUAGGAAUGAUUCAGUGUUCGUAAGAUGAAAGCUAAUGAUUAGCUUAGGUUUCAGUUGUAAAGUUGGUUGUAUGUGUUUUUCAUUAGUUGUUCACAUGUAUUUAUUUGUUGGUGAAAGUGCAGGAGGAUGGAUUCUGGUAUACAAUGAGAAAUAAUUUCUGUGGUGAUGA